CGGUGUCCCUACGGAAGAAUCGCAUUGUGGAAUAACGUGGGAUUCGUAGCGCAUUGAAAAGAAAAUUUUCACCAAUAUUCUGGUAUACGAUGAAUAGAAUUAAAAUAUCAAGAGUUCCCCAAGAUCUACCAGCUCGAUCGAAGCGUAUCGGCUACUGGCAAAUACUCGUUGACGUAUACAAUGAAUUCGCAGCAGAGACAAGUAUCCACGGUCUAAAAUACACCACGCAAAGAAAAUUAAAGACAGACGGGUUUAUUUGGCUAACAAUCGUGAGCAUAUCCAUAGUAUGCGCCGGGCUGUUGUCCAGCCGCUUCUACGAAAGACAUCACGCGGCUAGCAUGAGGACGACCGUUGUGAGCACUCAACAUCCUGCAUGGGACCUUCAAUUGCCCGCCGUAACCUUGUGCCACGGCACAAUGGCGACGAGACAGAAGUUGGAAAGUUAUCUUAACUCGCAUGAAACAUUGAAGCCGAAAGAUGUUCCGCGGGAGGAAUUGAUAAACGCCGUGAGACAAGUGAGGAAGGCGAUCGAGCCAUCGAAUACGUUUCCCAGGGAGCUUGAAGUCAUGCAAGAGCUCCUAAACUCAAACGCUCUGCAGAUUCACGAAUUCCUCGAGAAAGUUGGCCCGAACUGUAGCGAAUACCUAAUCGUGUGCAAAAGGGCGAAUCGCGAGGUGCCCUGCAAAAGCUUAAUGUCGCCUUCGCUGACCCCUUAUGGGCUAUGCUGCUCGUUUAACUACCACCACGCCUCAUCCGCAAGGAGAAGGUUCGCAGCCGAAGAGUCGAAGGAUCAGGAACAUCACUCAGUGACUUACGGGGCGCGAUUUCUUCUCUCAUUCCUGAUGAACCCGCUGCAGGAGGAUCGACUCUCGUCGGCGUUCUACGGCGACGGAAUAAAGGUCCUGAUCCACGAGCCCCUAAAUUACCCGGGUCCCGCGGCUUUGGAAUUCGUCGCGCCGUCGGGCCACGAGACGAUCGCCAGCGUGAACGGAAAUCGACUAACGAGUAGCAGCGAAGUGCUAAGUAUCGGGCAGGAUGUUAGAAGAUGCGUAAUUGUGGACGAGUCUUCGCCCCCUUAUCGCAAAAGCAACUGUUACGUGUCGUGCCGCGAGCGCAUAAUCAGGAACAUAUGUCGGUGUCAGACCUUCUACUCUCUCACUAACGAGCGGGACUUCAAGUUUUGCAAUUUUUCCCACAUGAUAUGCCUGUCGAAGAAUAUGAUCGGCUCCAGCUCUUUGAAGCCCAGCGACCCCGAGUGUCGGUGCAUACCGGAAUGCGAGGAGACGAGCUACAGCGUAGAGACGACGACGAUACCGCUCAACGCCCCGGAGUUCGCUCCUUCUCCAUUCUACAAGGACGUAAACCGAAUCCCAAACGCAACUGCGUUGCACAUAACGCUCGCCUCGCAAGUGAUGACGCUCCAGCGCAGGGACGUAGUUCAAUCUUGGAUCAAUCUACUUUCUUCCCUGGGGGGAGUGUUCAGUCUCUUCUUGGGCUGCAGUUUCAUUUCGCUGGUUGAGAUUUUAUAUUUCUUCUGUAUCUGCUUGCCGAACAAACUGAGAAUGAGAAGAAAUCGCAAUCCAACUACUAAAAGGUAAUUUACUGGGAUUACUGCAUCUGGGUAUCUGCGAAUACUUUUUUCAAGCCUACUAUGCAAGGUAGUAUUGUAAGUACAACGAGGAUGGAAUUCGUGUUAUAAUCUUACUAUCGCCAAGGUACUAUUUAUGUUAAGUAAUCGCGAUGUCCAAACCUAACUUCGAGCUUGCAUUAAUUGUUUUGUAACACCGUCACUUUGAAUCAACGUUUCUAUCUAAUCUAACCAAUGCUGGUUCGUCUUUAUCUAAUUUUGAUAGAUUCGUAGCAGGAAAUCAGUAUCUGGCACUUAAAUCGCUCAGGUACAAUCAUUUCCUGGAGAAUUUAUAUUUUAUUCAAUUCCCCAAUUAUUUCCAAGUAUUUCUAUGUACCAAUAACAAUCGCUUUAAUAUACAGAAUAAUCAUUAUUUAUACAUUUCCCGGUAUUGAUAAAUAAAAUUUCACGCAGCAUGUAUCACGUAAACAUGUGUAAACACGUUUUUUUUUUCCUUUCAUUGUCUGGAAAUAUAUCUGUGUGAAAACUGGUUGGUAUUUCAUUGAGGUAUAAUUAUUAGCAAUAAAAGA